AUGUUCUCCCACGCAGCUCGCCACCUGCUGUUACGCCGCGCCCCUGCGGUCAAGCUCAAAAUACCUACUACUAGAGCUCACUCCACAUUCAACCAUCGAGCGUUCGUCGGGCGCGGUAUGUAUACCCGCCACUUCCCCGAGCCAGUGGGGGAGGGGGGCGUGGGUGCGUACGUCUUGGAUACUAGGGCUGGCAUCGGCGAGCUGCUCUAUCAGGUUGAGAUUCUCAAGACCAGACAGGAGAGCCACGGUAUUAUGCUGUGGAUGAGUGUUACGUCAAACAUAGUUUUUGCUACGGCGUUUGCGUAUAUUGCAUUUCUUGAUGAUGAUGAGGUGGAUCCGCUGGUGAAGGAGGUGAAGCGGAAGCGGAAGGAGAAGUAG